AUGUGUAAAAUUCUCUUGACUUCGCUAGUAGUCAUAUGGGGACUUCGUCUGGGACUGUUCCUCCUAAUGAGGAUCUUGAAAUGGGGUGAAGAUCGACGCUUUGAUGAAAUGCGUGGGAAUAUUGGGAAACUAGUAGUCUUUUGGACUCUUCAGAUAGAGAAGUCGGAUGCUUAUGAUCUAACUAACAUCCAUGCGGUGUGGGUUUGGACAGUUAGUUUACCAGUUACUUUGGUUAAUGCAAGCAACGGUGGAAGAUUGUUUCAGCCCGCGGAUGUUAUAGGUUGGACGAUGUGGGUUGCAGGGUUCUUGAUUGAAGCUACAGCUGAUCAGCAAAAGCUUUCAUUCAAGAAUUGUCAAGAAAACAAAGGAAGAUGGUGCGAUGUUGGAGUCUGGAAGUAUUCACGCCAUCCAAACUACUUUGGUGAGAUGUUAGUCUGGUGGGGCAUAUAUGUGGCUUCAUUGCCUGUUCUUAAAGGUGCAGAGUACCUUGUCAUAUUGGGACCAAUCUUUCUCACUUUGCUGCUUUUCUUCGUUAGCGGCAUACCAUUACUCGAGGCAUCGGCGGACAAAAAAUACGGUAACUUGGGAGCUUAUAGACACUAUAAGAAGACAACCAGUCCCCUGAUUCUGUUACCGCAAGGAGUGUAUGGGUACUUGCCAAAAUGGUGUAAAACAGUCUUUUUCUUCGAGUUUCCAUUGUACAGCCGUAAUCUCCCUCAAGAAACUACAGUCUGGUGA